AUGCACAGCGCGGGCAAAUCGAAGUCGCACACGCACCAACCACAGGCCACGGCCACUGACCCCACCCAGAGUGGGGUCAGUGGCCCCGAAGCGGAAAGGGCUAACCCAACUCUCGCCUCUGGCCUGGGCUCGCUUGCCCCUCCAUAUAAGGAUUUCCCCCUCCUGCCGCUUCCCACAGAAUUUUCUUUCCCCUCCUCGUCCGCAUCAUACCUCUACGCACGCCGUAGUCUCUGA